GCUGUCAUUCCAGCUUCUUCUUUUUAAAUUUGCAUGUCUGACUUAGAUUGUUUCCAGGCAGGUCAGCCGGGCCCUUUGGCAGUUAUAGGAAGAGUAAGGUGGACUGGGAUAUCUCUUCCACAGGAUGCAGCUUUCAGCCCUUGAACCCAGCGGAGAGGAGGUGGUGGGAGGCAGAGCCCUAUAGGAGUUCCGCCCUCUGCCAACUGUGCAUAAACGGCCUUUCCAAAACCAGGUCGGGUCUGAUGGGGAUCACCUGUGUGUUUGAGGUCAUACCUGCAACCCCAGCUUUCCCAGGGACCUGGGCAGAGCGUGGGGUGACACUCAUUCACGCCCCUGGCUUAGUGUGGUCCUGUCCCCCCAUCACCCUGAGCUUGUCUAUAAAAUUGGAGUGAAAUUGAGAGACGUCUGAGGGAAGUUCUACCCCCAGCAUCCCACACUCCCCAGUGCCCUUCACCCAAGUCCCUGGGGCACUUUGAGAGUGAGUGCCCUCCCAUCCAGAGCCCCGUGAGGGGAGAAGGGAAAAUGCGUUGUCCACCCCACCCCUGCCCCCAGCCUCCAGAAAUGAGGGCUGUGGAAGGGCAGGUGGGAUCUCAGUCUUUUCUACCUAAUUUUCAAAAUAAAAAGGCCAAGUUGAGAGUCUGGGCAUCUGGGGCGAGGUGCCCGCUCUAAAGUAAGGCUUGUUAAGGCCGGGGGGGGGGUUCUAGACUAGCCAUAGGUACCUGCUUGUGUACGUUUUUCUGCAGGGAAGGUCUGCAUCUUUCAUGAGUUUCCUGGAGAGGGCAAAUUAAUUUGCAGGCUCCGGACCUGGAUCUUGCUAAGCUGCACCUGCCCACGGGAGCUGAAUAGUUCUCAGGAGGCGACGAACGGGUAGAAGAUGUCAGUCUUAGUGAGGUGGCAAGUUUCUUGUCCUCAGAAGUGGUGCCCAAGGGACUCUAAAUAAGGAGAUGUGUGAGGUGUCUUCCGACUCAAGAUUGGGGGGUCGGUAUGCGGGUUUCCCUGAAGAAGGUGCACCAGAGCACCAGAAAGCCGUAUCUGCCUUGGGUUUGAUGCAUGGAGUUACUCAAAACCGGUGAAGAACAUUUUCUCGAGGUUUUCGGGAGGGUGGGUGAGGUUGGGGUCCUCUUGGAGGCUGCAAGGACUCCUGAAGGUUCUGGGACCUGAUCGCCCCUGGGAAAACAGGCUGACCACGUAUGAUCUCGUCCCUUCUCAGAAACAAUAGAAAACCUUACCCCUCCUUAAAUUAGAGGGUGGUUUUUUUUGUUCAUUUGUUUUCGGGAAUUCAAACCGAUGGGAGCUGCUCCAAUUCAGAAAUGUUCAGGAAAUGUUUUGUUCACUCAUUUUUUAUUGUAGCAAAAUAUACAUGACAAGAAAGUGACCACUUUAAUCAUUUUCAAGUGUGCGGUUCUGUAGCGUGAAAACGCACUUACAAUGUUGGGCAACCGUCACCACCCAUCCAUCUCCAGAACUCUCUUUAUCUUCUCAAACUGAAACUCUGUCCCCAUUGAACACGAACUCCCCUCCCUGUCCUGUCCCCCGGCCCUUGGCUCUCCCCACUGUCCUUUCUGUCUCUAUGAAUCUGACUUCCCUGGGGACCUCAUAGAAGAGGAGAGUCCUACUGCAUUCUUCUGUUUGUGCCUGGCUCCUUUUGCUUACAUGGUGUCCUCAAGAUUCAUCCAUAUCGUGCCAUGAGCCAGCACCUCCUUCCGUUUUCCAGACUGAAUAAUGACCCAUCGUAUGGAUACGCCAUGUUGGGUUUCUCCACCAUCUGCUGAUGGGCCCUCAGGUUGCGUCCAUCUUUUGGUGAUUGUGGAUCAUGCAGCUGUGAAUUUGGGUGUUCAAAUAUGUCUGAGUCCCUGCCUUCAAUUCUUUUGGGGGUAAACUCAGAAGUCGAUUCACUCACUUGUGCCAUUGCAGUCUCUGAAGUCAGGAGGAGACAUUUGAGAACUGCUUGCACGUUUCAAAUAAAAAUAAUGACCCCUUUCUGCCGGGGCCCCUAACAUGAAACAGGCCCAUUUCCCCUAACUGCUACGUGGAAAGGGUUUUUUCAGUUUGUUUGUUUGUUUGAGUCACGUCUUAAACAUAAAGGAAGUCCAAAGGGUCCUCCGUCACUGACUCUGAGAAACAACGGAGUCUUACCCAACCCUCCCAAAAAGGGAACCCGAGUGAUGAGGCUCUUAGUCAAGGUAGGUCAGUCCUGCGCUCAAGGUCAACAAACCGUGCAUGGGAUUUUAGAGCAAAGGGGAAGUUUAGAAAUCUCUUAGUCCAACGGUCCCUUUUGAGAGAUAGGAAAACCAAGCCCCGGGUUGGAGGCCGACGUGGUCAAGCUCAAGGUCACAAAAUCAGACUCAGCCCCACGGGAGGCCCAUGGUGGGGCCUCGUUGUGCAGAAGUCACCAGGCUGCGGCUCCACGCCCACGUGGACGUGGGGGCGCGGGGCCGAGAUUCUGACUCGGGGUCAGGGCACCCUCCAUCGGGAUGGACGGUUUUGGAAGAGAUGUUAACAGCAAGUCUCUUUCCGGAGGCCGAUACCAUCGAGGCCUCUGUUUCAUGAAGAAAUCUUAGGGUUCUUUCACAAUCUCUGCUCUGAGCUCUUUCUCAGAACGGUUCGUGUGAAUCAGAACGGUGUGGUUGUUGAUUAACUACAGUAUAGGUGAUUGGUUCCUGUUUUCUUUUUUUUUUUUUUUCACUCUGCUAACAGGGGCCAAAAGGAAGCUCUCCUGGUGUGUCUGGCCCCCACGGGGAGUUUGAAGGCUGGGCCAUGGGGUUGGCUGUGCCACUCUGCUGGGCUUGGUGGAGGGAACAUUCUAGGGUGGGAGGGAGAGGGACACUGGGGCACUGGGGGCUCUGAGGAGAUCCCAAGAGUAGGCCCUGAGUGUCACUUUCCUCCAGGGACCCCGGAAGCUGGGACCCCUUGCUCAUGAACUUGUGUUGUCCUGACGCCUAACCAGUUGACCUCUAUGGUUUCCUCAGGCUCUGAGACCAAGGGAGCACCAUAGCUUCCUGAAGGAGGUCUUUCUCUCCACUCAGAACUCUCCAGGAAUCCAUGUGGAGCUUCUGGGUUCUAGAAAAGACAGAGAUCAAAGGAAUUUGAUCUCUCCAUCAUCUUGCCCCACCAGCCAGCCUUCUCUCUCUGCCCUGGGCAGGCCGUCUUCAUGGGUGUCCGGGAAGACCAUAGGUGCCAAUUGGCAGAGCCCUGGGCCAAGAGUCAAGUCCCAGCAGGACAGGAGCACGGGGUCUGGAUGAGCCACUUUCCUCCCUCAGCCUCAGUUCCCCCUGUAGGCCUGGAAGACAAUCACUGCUUCCCUUGCCCCCAGUGGGUAUCAGUUCCGUGGCAUAAAGCACACCAGGGAGCUUUAGACACCUCCCUUAGCAUGUCUGCGCACUUCCCUCCGCACCGAGUGCCCACCCCGUGGUCUGACAGUCGAGAGUCUAGAGGCCUGGGGGACAGCCUGGGAUCCGCCUGGGAUCAGGAGCCAGUCCCCAAGCCUUACUCCUCCUCCGCGAAAUGGGGCAGUAGCCACUCAGCUCCCAGGUCCGAACUCACGGGGCUAAGGCUACGCAGAUCCUGGCUGCAAGAAGGAUCUCCUGGCAUUCCAGCAGUUUUAUGCCUACCUUUGGUUCUCUUUGGCUUACUGCUAAAAUACUAUGUAAAAGAUAGUAGAUCAUCUUUGGAUAGAGAGACCGUGGCCCUCGGAGGCUCCCCCAGAACAAGAGACAAAACAACGCAGCCCCCGCCUCCCCUGGCGUGUGUGGGUCUCUGGCUGCCCAGGGUCUGGCCUCCCCAGGGGAUUCCUGGAGCCGUGAGGGGAGGAGGCGGAGGAAGACUGCCCCUGACAGAUAAGGCCACUGUGGGCUUCCCGACAAGCCUGGGGGAGACAGCAGGACAGGCAAGCCUUGGGAGGGCAAAAUCUGACAGCUGGACUGGACCCCAGAGCCUUCCAGUCCCACCUGUUCAUUUCAGAUCCCAGAGGGGAAGGGCCUGGAGCAAGUCCCUGCUCCUGGUCCCAGGCUCAUCCCUGUCCUCAGAGCGAACCUGCUUUGGGGGGGGGUCCUGGGGAUGCAACCAGACAGGACAGGACGUGGGCUGUGCCUGCCUUCCUGAAGUUUCUUCUCCUGCGGGCUGCGAUGCCACCACCUGCUCGGUGCUCCUGCAGCCCCAGCACUACACCGAGCACUUUGCAUGCUUGUUUGUAAUAGGGGUCCUUUCUGCUCCAGCAAUCACAGGAAGGUGGCCUGCGGUCCCCAUUUAGCAGAUCUGGACACUGAGGCCUAGAGUGGGGAGGGCGGGACCUAGGAUUGCCCAGGGUGGAGUGGCCUCACCAGACUCCUGAUGCCCUGGGGGCUCUGGGGAGGGGCAGACAGGCCUGGGUACAGCUGGGGGUCCCUCUCCUGCCUGGCUUGGGGUCACGCCUGGGGGAAGGGGUGACUCCCUGGGCCUGCUCCAAAGGCAGGGCUCCAAGCUGCCUUCUCUAAUCUCCCUCCUCCCAGCCGGCUCCUCGCCUUGGCCUUAUCACCCAGCCCUGGCUGUUGCUGGAGCAGCUGUAAUCCCUUUCCCGCGCUUGGCCCUAUCGUCCCUGCAGCCCCGCAUGGCAGCUGGCCUGGGGAAGGGGCUCCUGCUCCGAGGCCUGGGAAUGGGACCUGCAGAGGAGCAGCCGGGAAUGGGAAUGGCAUUGGCGAAGUAUUUCCUGUGCUCCUGCCUGGGGAUGGCCUGGGGGUGGAGUGGAGAGAGGACCACUCAGAUGUCCUCUGUCUCCCAGGAGCCCUCAGGGGAGCCUCACGGGCUGAGCACAAGGAUGGGAAAUAUCUGGAGAGGGGGCAGGAGAUGCUCUCCUCAUGCGAAGCCAGGAGUGUCGAGGUGUUCCGGCUGGCUCUGCCAUGGCCCGACCCCUGCCCAGGACCAAGCGCAGGGCCCUUUCCUGAUUUGGUCCUCCGUGUCUUCUCCCACCGCCUGACCGGUGGGUUCGGUGACAAUGCAGCUGAGCUGGGCUGCCCACUGCUUAGUUCUCACAGUUGGUGGACAUUGGCUUUUUCCUCCACGUGCACAAAUGCCCUCUGGCUUCCCAGUGGGGUGGCAUGGGGGUCCUCUUGGGCCUUGAGCCCCACACCCAACUCCAAUCCCCCCUUCACCCCACUCAGAGACAGAGAGAGAAGGUUCUUCCGUCUCUGGGCACCGGACUCCGGGCUGGGGCCACGGACAAGGGCAGCGCUGCUCUGGGAACAUCUGUGCCGCAGUAACGUGGCUUUGCCAUCGAGAUGCCCCCCCUUGUUGCAACCUGCCCCCCACCCCCCGCCAUGAUAAGCACUGAGCACAUAUGAUGCACUCACUGGCACCACCAGCCUGGACGCUGCACCUUCCAGAAAAGGGAGUAGGCCCAGAGAGGUGAAGCGUCUGCCCCAAAGUGCACAGAGGGUGAGCUGGGAUUCUAAGUGAGCAUCUGACUCCAAGACCUGAGCUCAGACCACCCCUUCCGUGGCCUCCGAAUGCAGAUCCCACAGGGGAGCAAAAGCAGUUUUCAGGAUGCAGGGUCGGGAGUGUGUCACAUUUGGAGACACCCCUGUCCUUUUUUCUCUGCUCCCAGUGCGACUCAGGGCAUGUGGGCAGGAGCAGACUGACCCUGGGGUUUUCUAGAAGGUGGGCGUAUUAAUUUCCCAGUAAGGGAGCAGUGGGGGGAGGUUAGGGUUUGUAGCCACUGUGGCAAACUACCAGAAACCAGGUGGCUUAAAACAACACAGAAUUUAUUCGUUCAAGGUUCUGGAAUCUAGAGAUCCAAAAUCAAGGUGCCUGCAGGGUCAGUUCCUUCUGGAGGCUCUGGGGGGGGGGCGGUCUGCUGCGUGCCUUUCUCCUGGCUUCUGGGGGAGCCAGCAAUCCUCAGUGCCCCCUCCCAUCUCUGCUCCCGCCUCCAGACGGUGUCCUCCCUGCGUGUCUGUGUCUGUGCGCCCAAAGUUUCCUCGUCUUAUAAGAACCCUAGACCUAGUGGACUUAGGGUCCAGCCUAACUCAGUAUGGCCUCGUCUUAGGUUGGUUAAAUCUGCAAAGACCCUAUUUCCACAGAAGGUCACAUUCACAGGUUCUGGGUAGACAUGAACUUCUGGGGGACACCAUUCAACUCGGGACAGUGGAUUCUGAUGGCAGGACGAGGUUCUAAAAUACAGAGGCUGCUGUCCUCUUGCCCUUCCUAACUGUUCUCUCCCUCUCCCCU